UACAAAGGCUAACAUGACAACAGUCCUUGGCCCCUCCUCCCACUAAGGUGUUUAGUUAGGAUUCAUUGGGGUCACCUGGUACCCUUAUAAAAUGCCACCCCAAAGUGCUGGAAAAUAUUCGGUCUUUUUUUAUCGAGUCUGUGGCAAUGGGUGGAUGCAUGCCUCUAUGUGUUGUCUUAUUUCUAUGGUCAGGCCUUUUGCAAGUUCACAGCAUUUCUUUGAAGUGUAGCCGGGGCACUCAGAUGUGCAAGGAUGGGUCUGAAUGUAUCCUCUACGACAAUCUGUGUGAUGGAGAGCUUGACUGCAAAGAUGGUUCCGAUGAAGCGCACUGCGCUUCAGAAUGCGUUAAAGAUCAGUUCCUGUGUGCUCAUGGGAAAAGGUGUGUAGACGAGGACCAGGUGUGUGACGGUGUUCCUCACUGUCAAGACCGUUCUGAUGAAAUUAAUUGCAAGAAGCAGAUUGAUGGCUGUGUUUUUCACUGUGACCAAAACCAUCGCUGCGUACCCGAAAACCUCCUCUGUGACGGGGAGAAGGACUGUUUAGACGGCACAGACGAAGCCAACUGCGAGGACCAAGUGAAAGAAGCGCCUGGUUCAACCUCAAUGCCUGUUACCUCUGCUGUCUCAACGCCGGUCAAGUGUCCUUUGGGCUCCAUGCUCUGCAAGAACAGAGUACAGUGCGUCUCCUACAACCAUUUCUGUGACGGAGAAACUGAUUGCACGGAUGGUUCAGACGAAAACGACUGUGCUUCAGAAUGCAAUAAAGACCAGUUCCAGUGUGCUCAUGGGAAAAAGUGUGUAGACGAGGACCAGGUGUGUGACGGUGUUCCUCAGUGUCAGGACCGUUCUGAUGAAAUGAAUUGCAAGAAGCAGGCUGAGAGCUGUGUUCAUCACUGUGACCAAAACCGUCGCUGCGUACCCGAAAACCUCCUCUGUGACGGCGAGAAGGACUGCUUAGACGGCACAGACGAAGCCAACUGCGAGGACAAAGAGGAAAAAGGACCUGGUUCCACCUCAUUGCAUGCUGUGUCUUCAACACCUGCAAAGUGUCAAUUGGGCUCCAAGCUGUGUCAGAACGGAGUACAAUGCGUCCCCUACAACCAUUUCUGUGACGGAGAAGCUGACUGCAAAGAUGGUUCAGAUGAAGCGGACUGCGCUUCAGAAUGCAUUAAAGGCCAGUUCCAGUGUGCUCAUGGGAAGAAGUGUGUAGACGAGGACCAGGUGUGUGACGGUGUUCCUCAGUGUCAGGACCGGUCUGAUGAAAUGAAUUGCAAGAAGCAGAUUGAUGGCUGUGUUUUUCACUGUGACCAAAACCGUCGCUGCGUACCCGAAAACCUCCUCUGUGACGGCGAGAAGGACUGCUUAGACGGCACAGACGAAGCCAACUGCGAGGACAAAAAGGAUGAUGUGUAUGAAAAGCAAGAAGGGCCUAGUUCAACCUCCUUGCCCGCUACCUCUGUUGGCUACUCUACCCCUAUAAAGUGUCCAUUGGGUUCAAAGCCCUGCAAGAACAACUUUCAAUGUGUCCCCUACAACCAUUUCUGUGAUGGAGAAGCAGACUGCAAAGAUGGCUCCGAUGAGGAAGAAUGCACAUCUUCUUGUGAAACAGACCAGUUCAUGUGCGCCCACGGACAGAAAUGCAUAGAGCAAGGCCAGGUGUGUGACGGCGUGCCUCAGUGCCAGGACCGCUCGGAUGAGCUGCGCUGUGACCAGCAGAUGAUGGGCUGCGACCACCAUUGUGACAACCUCCACUGCAUUCCCAAAAGCUUCCUCUGUGACGGCGAGAGGGACUGCGCGGACCUCAGCGACGAGGCAAACUGUGACGAAAUGGGCUGCAGCCCCACGGAGUUCCAGUGUGUCAGUGGCGCGUGUGUGUCGGCGACCAUGCUUUGCGACGGUCACCCAGACUGCCAGGACCGCUCGGAUGAGGCGGCCUGCGCCACCGUGCCGGUUUGCACCACCAAACACAGCUGCCCGCAGAGCAAAGAGUGUCUGGUUCAGGAGUGGCUCUGUGAUGGAGAUCUGGACUGUAAAGAUGGCACAGACGAGAAGGAUUGUCCUGACUUGCCACUGAACUGUGGCAAGUUCCAGUGGUUGUGUAAAUCCAAGACCAAGUGUGUCCCUACAGCCUGGAGGUGUGAUGGCACAAAGGACUGUGACGAUGGCAGCGACGAGGCUGAAUGCGGGAUGGUGACAUGCCCCCCUCACCAGUUCCAGUGUGGCAGCCAGGACUGCCUGGAUCAAAUCCAGGUGUGCAACCACAAUACAGACUGCGCAGACGGCUCAGACGAGGGCGUCAGCUGCCAGAUUAAAUGUGCAGAAGACAGCCACUGCUCUCAGGGCUGCUACAACACACCUCGGGGGCCGCAUUGUCGCUGUGCAGCAGGGUUUAGGCUCAUGGAGGACGGGCUGACCUGUGCGGAUAUUGAUGAGUGUGAAGACCGGUGGCCCAGCGUGUGCAGUCAGCUGUGCAUCAACACUAAAGGCUCGUACAAAUGUGACUGUUACCCGGGCUACAUAAUGGAGACCGAUGGCCGCCGCUGCAAGAUCACCGGUGAACCCCUUCUGUUGCUGUCGAUCCAAACUGACCUGUUCUUGUUCGGCCUGCGCAGCGGUAGCCUAGACAUGUUGUCGUUGUCCUCUGCCAAGAAGGCCAUCCUCUCCCUGGACUACGACUGGAGGGACCAGAGGGUGUUUUGGGUCAGUCUGGACACUGACAGCAUCAGGUGGUCAUCGCUGGACCAGAAGUCCACCGGAACGCUAAUUAAAGGUGUCCGAGCAGAUUCUAUUGCUGUUGACUGGCUCGGGAGGAACGUGUACUGGAUUGACGGCGUGAACAGCCAGAUUGUUGCAGUCAGACUGGGCAAAGGCACUGUGACGUCGGUGGACCACAGCAUUAUCCUGGACGAAGACCUGGAUCAGCCGCGCUCUCUGGCACUGCUGCCUCAAAAAGGGCUGAUGUUCUGGACUGAGAUCGGUAAUGUAGUGAAGAUAGAGCGUGCCGGGAUGGACGGGUCGGAGAGGAUAGCGGUGGUGAACUCCAGCCUGGGCUGGCCGGGUGGCGUGGCCGUGGACGCAAUCUCCGAAAGGGUCUACUGGACGGAUGAGAGGCUGAGAGCGAUUGGAUCUGCAACUCUGGCUGGAAAUGACAUUCGGAUUCUGCAGAUGAAAGAGACAAACAACCCCUUCUCCGUCGCGGUGUUCAAUGACAUGCUCUACUGGUCUGAUGCCAGGAAGCGAGUGGUACUGGCGGCCCAUAAAAUUUCUGGCAAAAAUCUGAAAGUUCUUCUGAAAAGACCUGGACAACCAUUUGGUGUGAAGGUCAUCCACCCGUUCCUCCAGCUGGGCGUUGAAAACCGAUGCGAGAAGAUGCGCUGUUCCCACAUGUGUGUGUUCGCCCCGGGACCCAAGGCCGUGUGCAAGUGUCCCGCUGGUCUCAUACUGGCCGAGGAUGGCCUUACCUGCUCCAGCAUGGUCAAUUCAGCCUACCUGCUGAUGCUGUCUCCCUCUACCGUCACCAAGAUCUACUUGCAGUCCCGACACGCGGCAGCAGACCUGCAGGGCUGGCCUGAACACCUGGCCCUGCAGGUGCCUGGCAUCAACGAGGCCACCAUCAUGGAUUACAGCCUACGCGACCUUACGCUGUUGGUGACGGACGACGGCACGACUUCCCUCAGCGCCUUCACGCUGAGGGGCUCCGACUUGUACGCUCAGGGCCAGCUUCUGAAACUCUUGGGGAACACCAUCACCGCCAUGGCCGUGGACUGGGUGACGGGCAACGUCUACUGGAGCGGCAACAAGCAGAACCGCCUGCAGGUGACCUCCGUCCCCGGCGCGCGCACGGCCGUUCUCAUAAAGGAAGGCAUUGGGAAGCUGGAGUCCAUCGCCCUCCACCCUCCCAGCGGAAGAGUCUGCUUCACCAACGUGCGUCUGCAGGGCACCGACGCCAAGGCCACCGUAGAGUGCGCCGACAUGGACGGGGGCAAGGGGAGUGUGGUGUGGCAGGAUGCCGUCCGGCCCACAUCUCUGGUCUUCUCCAGUAACGGGGAUACGAUUUACUGGGCAGACAAGGGUUUGGGGACCAUCGGCUCUGUCAAGCUCGACAAGACUGGAUACAGAGAGUUGAAGGCCGGUGAGGGCCUGGCUGCUGUGGCGCUGACUGAUUCGGUUCUGCUCUGGAUGACUGUUAGUGACAAGAAAAGGCUUUGGUACAGAGAUGAGCAUAAGGAAAACAAGUUAUGGUUUGAAGUUGACACAGAAGUGAUCAGCUUAAAGGCGUUCAGCAAGUCCAGUCAGACCGGUUCUAACCACUGCUCAGAAAACAAUGGCAACUGCCACCACUUGUGCCUCGCAACCCCAGCAGGACGAACAUGCAGGUGUGCCCAUGACCAAAUCCUUUUAAAUGCCACCCACUGUGGCCCGGCGCAGCACUGCUCCGAUGGCAGCAGGCAGUGCCUGGAUCAGCUCUCGUGCCAGCCUAUCGAGAAGUUCUGUAACGGCCACGUUGACUGCCGUGACCACUCGGACGAGAACUGCGCCGGUCUGAAGCAACCAACCGCGGUCGAGGACGUUGCACCCACCCAGCCCCACAGCUCCUCUCCACCUUCUCCGCCCCCUCUGAAUCUCUCUGAAGUAACGGGCCUCAACGCCACUCUUGCCGUUGGUGUUGUGGUCAAGGACCUGGACGCGCAGCAGUGCAGCCACAGUCGCUGCAGUGGCAACGGCCGCUGCGUCGACGCCGAUGGCCACACCACGUGCGUGUGUUCACUGGCCUACAGCGGCGAAUUCUGUCAAGACCACAUCCUGAAGGCCAUGCAGGGUCCCAUCAUCUACGGCGGCGCGGGGAUCUGUGCGGGAGUGGUAGUCAUUGCCGUGGUGGCGGUUCUGGUGACGCGGAGGAGUGCCAACACGAGGAAAGGGCGCCCAGCAGAAGGGAAUGGAACUACUAUGAUGGAUCUGGAGAACAAAGCUGAGACCACCCCGAGCACAGACGCUUCCCCAGCAGACGCCACCAAACCAGAGGAAGCGGGAUCCUCUGUGGGCUGAGGCUGAUUCUUGGGCAGACAGUUUUUUUAAAUAAACAAGUUUAUUUUGAAUCGUUGCUUUGGUUUUCUUAACAUUGUUUUAGUCAGUCAACGUUGGUGGGCUGACAAACGUAAAGUUGUUUUAAAUGGAUUUA